UCUAUAAACACAACUCGACCGUCUUCCGAUUCGCCAUUUCUCCUCCUUCCCUCUGUCAAAAUCCCUCUCCGUUCCCUUCAAUUUCACACCCGAAACUCCAUUUUCCUCUUCGUCGAGUGAAAAAUGUCGGGCAAAGGAGCAAAAGGUUUGAUUAUGGGCAAGAAUGCCGCCCUCAACAAAGAUAAAGACAAGGAUAAGAAGAAACCUACCUCUCGAUCUUCUCGCGCAGGUCUCCAGUUUCCGGUUGGGAGAAUUCAUCGGUUACUGAAACAAAGGACGACUGCCAACGGGAGGGUGGGGGCCACAGCAGCGGUCUACUCUGCAGCGAUUUUGGAAUACUUGACUGCUGAGGUUCUGGAGCUUGCUGGGAAUGCAAGUAAGGAUCUUAAAGUGAAACGUAUUACUCCAAGGCAUUUACAGCUUGCAAUUCGAGGUGAUGAGGAACUUGAUACUCUGAUCAAAGGAACCAUAGCUGGUGGUGGAGUCAUUCCUCAUAUCCACAAAUCACUCAUCAACAAAUCGGCUAAAGAGUAGAACACAAUUUUAGUGAUAUGAUUAAUUCUAGUUAAUAGUUGGUGUCAAUGGCUGUUUUUGUUUUCAUCAUAUGUCUAAUCUAAAGAGGUUUGGGGUAUUUGUUUUAGGAUUAUGAUGAAUUCAUUUUGCUUCCAUUUUUGAGGCUGUGUUUGUUGGUUACUCUUGUGUUCUUGUUAGAAAUGGUG